CGAGGGGCGCCGUCCACACUGCCGAGGAGUGAGCGGGUUGCGGAACCCGCUUCCGGUAUUUUCGGCCUAGGUCUCCGCCAUUAUCCUGCGCGUCUCCUGGCACCACCGCGCCCACAGGGUCCUAUGUCAACCAACGCGGUGCAGGACCUGGCCCAGGUUCCCAUGGUGGCAGCAGCAUUUAUGGUCCCUGGACAGGGCCAUGUGAUCUUUGAGGAUGUGGCUGUGUCCUUCUCUGAGGAGGAGUGGGGUCUCCUUAACGAUGCUCAGAGACUCCUGUACUGUGACGUGAUGCUGGAGAACCUGUCACUUAUAGCCUCCCUGGGUUGUUGGCAUGGAGGAGAAGCUGAGGAGGCCAUUUCUGAACAAUGUGUUUCUGUAGAACAAGUGACGGAAGACAGGAAUCCAGUGCUGGAGCCAUCUAUCCUGAAGCCUCUGACUUCUGAUACGAGUGUCCUGGCGGAGAAAGAUGUUUUGUACUUGUCUGACAAUAUGUUCACGUGCGGAGAGGUUGAGAAGGCUUUCCUAGGCAGCAUGGGCUUUCCCCAGCACCAGCCCUCCCACGAUGGAGAACAUCCACGUAGAAGAAGGCAGAGCAGGGAGGUCUCUCACCCUGGGCAAGGGCAUCACAAGUGCAGUGAAUGUGGCAAAGCCUUCAGUAAAAAGUUUAAAUUCACAGAGCACCUGAGAGUUCACACUGGAGAAAAACCUUAUGAGUGCAGUGACUGCGGGAAGUUCUUUAGACACAGCUCCAGUCUUAUUCAUCAUCGGAAAGUUCACACAGGGGAAAGGCCUUAUGAGUGCUGUAAUUGUGGGAAAGUCUUUGCCCACAAAUAUAAACUUCUUGAGCACCAGAGAAUCCACACUGGAAAAAGACCGUAUGAGUGUAAUGAAUGUGGGAAAGCCUUCCUUCGCAAGGAUUCACUUGUUCAGCACCAAAAAAUCCACACUGGAGAAAAUCCUCAUAAGUGCAGUGAAUGUGGAAAGUGCUUCCUGUACAAAAAUAACCUUCUUGUGCACCAAAGAAUCCACAGUGGAGAAAGGCCUUAUGGGUGUAGCAAAUGUGGAAAGUCCUUUGUCUUCAAAAAAAGGCUUCUUUAUCACCAGCGAAUCCAUACUGGAGAAAGGCCUUACAUGUGCAGUGAAUGUGGGAAAGCCUAUGUCUACAAAGGAAGUCUUAUUGUACAUAAGAGAAUUCACACUUUAGAGAAGGCUUAUGGGUGUAACAAAUGUGGGAAAUUCUUUACAAGCAGUUUUGCCCUCAAUAGACAUGAGAAUGUUCACACUGCACGAAGGUGUUAUGAGUGCAGCGAAUGUGGGAAAGCUCUCAACGGCAAAGUUAAACUUGCUGAGCACCAGAGAAUCCAUACUGGAGAAAGACCCUAUAAGUGUAAUGAAUGUGAGAAAGCCUUCAUGCGCAAGUAUACACUUGUUCAGCACCAAAAAGUCCACACUGGAGUAAAGCCUUUUAAAUGCAGCGAAUGUGGGAAGCCCUUCACUUACAAAACAAGUCUUGUUGUCCACCAGAGAAUCCACACUGGAGAAAGGCCUUAUAUGUGCAGUGAAUGUGGGGAAGUCUUUGUCUACAGAAGAAGUCUUGUUGUCCAUCAGAGAAUCCACACUAGAGAAAAGCCUUAUGAAUGUAGUUCUUUGUAGGCAGCUCCAAGCUCAUAAAAAACAAAGUUCACACUGGAGCAAUGCCUUCUGGACUUAUGCUUUCCUUCACUUGAGUUAAUAUCUAGCAGCACAAUUCCUAUGUAGUAGAGUAGAUGAAUGUAUACCUUACAUGUGGCCAAACUUUUCUAAAAUGGUAGUACCUUUUUAUAGUCUCACGAGAAGCAGCAGAACAUGAGUUCCUGUUUUUUACAUUUUUACCAACACUUGGUAUGUUCAGGCUUUCUAAUUUCAGUGAUGUCAUAGGUGUAUCUAGUGAUUUUAACUAACAUUUCCCUAUUGACACAAUGUGAGCGGUUUUCCAUGUGUUAAUUUCCAACCAUAUUUCUUUUUCAAAAAAAUU